GCACUGUAAACAUUUGCGAAUCAAAUUUUUCAACUUUGUUUCCAAUAUCUUCUUCAUUUCAAGCAUUCGAAAAAAUCGUAAUGCACCUUUUCCGUUAAUUCAUAAGUUUCCCUCUGUCUCUAAUGACAUAAAUGUCAAGUGUUAGUGUAAGGAAUUAAACAUAAUGUCAAAUUUCAAGAAAGUGAACACCAAAACUUUUUCCAAACCUUCACAAAAAGUGACACCAGAUUCUAUUUAUUGGAAAAAACUUGGAGUUCCUGUUUUAGUGAAGGACUUUGGACCUGUGGACUACAUUGAUUUUUCUCCUGUUGAGCCACAUUUUUUUGCUGUAACAUGUUCUAUGAGGGUACAAAUUUACAAUCCUGUAACAAAGGGUGUAAUAAAAAAUUUAAAUAAAUUUCAAAAAGCUCCAUUCGGUGCAACAUUUCGUUCUGAUGGCAGGCUGAUCUGUGCUGGCAGUGAGGAUGGACUUGUGAGCAUGCUGGAUGUUAGUUCCAAAUCGCUACUAAGAGUUUUUAGAGGACAUAAAGCUGCAGUUCAUCGGACUUACUUCACCUCAGACAACACUCACAUUGCCAGUUUUUCUGAUGAUAAAACUGUGUGCCGAUGGGAUAUACCUACUGAAGCUCAACUGAAUUGUUUUACAGAACACAAUGAUUUCAUUCGAGCUGGGGCUGCUUCUCCUGUAUCACCAGAGAUUCUAAUAUCUGGUGGAUACGAUGGCGCUGUUUGUAUGUAUGAUUGUCGAAAUAAUCAAACUGUGUUUAAAGUUGAACAUGGUGCACCGGUUGAGAGUAUUCUUGUGAUGCCGUCAGGUGGCAUCUUUUUGUCAGCAGGUGGCACUGAAAUUAGAGUAUGGGAUGCCUUCUAUGGAGGUAAAUUACUAACGAAAAUCUCUCAGCACCACAAAACUAUUACCAGUUUAAGAUUAGCCUCUAAUGGGAACCGCCUGAUGUCUGCAUCUCUAGACCAGCAUGUCAAAAUUUAUGAUGUAUCAAGCUAUCGUUCAGUCCAUACUUUAGAUUAUUCCAACGGGAUUUUGAGUUUAGGAAUCAGUGCGGAUGAUGAUACGGUUGUAGCCGGAAUGGUGGAUGGUUUGAUCUCAAUUAGACGGUUUGAAGAGGAAGUAACUCCUGAAAAGCCUAAAAAGAGGAAAGUCUCUCAUCGAUAUUUCAGCGACAAAGUUCACAGUACUGUCGAUGAAGUUGUUGAGGAUGCAAGUCAGAAAGCUACCAUGGCUAAAUAUGACGUAGCUCUAAGGAAAUUCCAGUAUUGCAAAGCAUUGAAAAUCGUGUUAGACUCAUUUUGGCAUUACAAGUCUCCUCAAAAAGUUACAGCUGUUCUGAAGGAACUUAUGAGGCGUAAAGGAUUCAAACUAGCUCUGACGGGCUGUGAGGAAAAACUGCUAAAUCAGAUGCUGAAGUUCCUUAUCAAGUAUAUCAGUGAUUAUCGUUUUGCAUUCACCCUCAUUAAAGUUGCAGAUAUUGUUAUCGAUGUAGUAGAAAAUAACUGGGACUCAUGCUCAGAGGAGACAGUAGCACUGUUUGAUACACUAAGGAAAGAGUUGGUCCGAGAAGAAACUAUGACCCAGGAAUUGCUCGCUCUUCAAGGAGCCUUGCAGAUGAUCUUAACAAGCAAUGAUUACGAUGAUGAACAAAGUGAAGUCGUGAUGCAGAGUUACAAACCUUCCAAUGGAGCCUCACAGAACUUUGUAGUUAAUGUCUCGUGACUUUUUAGGUAUUUUCAAUUUUCGUUCUUCAUUGUUUCAUGAUUUCAAUACAACAAUAAAUAAUGUUAUCGUUCA